AUGCAGACUGCUUCUACAAAUAUUUGUGAAAGAAUGGGUCGCUCUCGGAUGCUCAAUGAAUUCAAGCAUGGUACCGUGAUAGGUUGCCACCUGUGCAAUAAGUCCAUCCAUGACAUUUCCUUGCUACUAAAUAUUCCACGGUCAACUGUUAGUGGUAUUAUAACAAAGUGGAAGCAACUGAGAACAACAGCAACUCAGCCACGAAGUGAGAGGAUUCAGAGCAUGCUGAAGAGCACAGUGCACAGAAGUCGCCAACUGUCUGCAAAGUCAAUAGCUAAAGACCUCCAAACUUUGUGUGGCCUUCAGAUUAGCACAAUAACAGUGCAUAGAGAGCUUCAUGAAAUGGGUUUCCAUUGC